CUUAACACUCGAGGUUUUUUUUUGAAUCGGUAGUCUCUUCUGGAUCUUCCAGUCUUCCCUCGCUCUCUUCUUCUUCUUCAUUCAACAAGAGGAUCGCCGGAGAGCGCGGCACACCCCGCCGUCCAGAUCGCCGGCGACCCCGUAGGCCGACGAGCGAUUCUCCGGUCUCCGGCGAGGACAAGGCGUCGAUCGGCGGCGAUGGACCAGGAAGCCGCCCGGACCGCCCGGGAGUCCCUGGAUCUCGCGUUCCACAUGUCGAACAUCCUCGACACCGGCCUCGACCGCCACACCCUCUCCGUCCUCAUCGCCCUCUGCGACCUGGGCGUGAACCCCGAGGCGCUCGCGGCGGUCGUCAGGGAGCUCCACCGGGAGCCUUCUGCCGCGGCCGUCCCGAUGCCGGGCCCGUAUGAGGUUCGUCGCCCGUCUCUUGGCCCAAUUCCUCGGGCUGGUUCGGGCACUAGGUCUUAACUCAAAAGCAGUGACAAAAUGCAUGUCUUGCAUUGCAGUGACAGUGCGACUGAAGGUUGGGUAAGCCAGUGCUCUUUCUUUCAAGGGCAAAUUGGUUGUUCCUGGACAAAUCCUAGCUUCCUAUAUGCAAAUAAAGAUUUCUGCUCCUCUGUUUCUCUGUUUGAAGAGAUUGUCCAUCUUGAAGAUGUUGCUUAGUGGGUUGUUGGAUGCGUGGCUGGUUUUCAAUCUGCAGAAGUUUGUACUUGUCUACUUGGAAUCUACAGCAAAUUCAACGUGACUAGGAGUGAAUAUGCUUAUGUCUACCUAAAUUAGUGUAGCUGAACAUGUUUGUAGAGAUUUUAGAUGUGGAAUUUUAAGAGUUCUGUGUUAAAUUGAUGAUGUUUGGGUUGUUUCUUCCACAGUGCUGUAAACACUGAAUCUUGAUAAGGUUAAUUCUUUGUUGGAAAGGAAACAAUAUGAAUUGAAAUGACAUUAGGCACAUCAGCUGUUUGGCA